AUGCUGUACGAUAUCCUCUAUGGCCGAGCGGAGCGGGUAUGCGUUGUGAAAAGCAAGAACGUGAACUUACGAGCCCGGGCAUAUUCCCAGAGGGCGAAAUCAAGAGGAAAACGAGCAUUGAUGUUCCUCGAGUCGCCCAAAACUACAAGGAUAAGCUCAUCGAGCACUGGGUUAGCAAAUACGAGUGGCCCAAAGGCCCUUCAGAAGUUGACGCCAUGGGCGACUUGCUUGUACGACAGGGUGAAGUCGAAUGCUUGCUCAAAUAGGCCGAGCGAAACAAGUUCACGAGAAGUCAAGAGUAGAUCUUGCACCGACAACAACUAUGAGAGGUAUUUCCUGAGUCCAAAGGAAUCCUCCGGGAUGACCACAAGAAUGGAAUAUUGUGACAGUAAAAGUUUCUGUCAACGACUUCUCAAGAAAGACUCGGAGACUUCUUCUAGUGGAUUGGUGAGGAUCUAUGGUCACUAUCCUUUGAUUGAUGGAGACAAGACCACCUAUCACCGUCACCCCAUUCAUGAGUUUAGUUUCGCAGCGCUGGAUGGCAAGGAGAAAUGGACAUCCUAUAAGUUUGGGAUGAGCGUGUAUGGCGACUGGGCCACUUCUCAUUUCAAAAAACUGUGCUCAGCUGUUGAUGAGCUACCAUUCAACGCCAACAUCAAAACAAAAAUCUGGAUUAUGGAUUUUAGCUAG